AGUGUCACGAGUCACACCAUGUCCCCUUUUCCUUGUCUCUGUCAGCGGCACCAUCUCCCACUUAUCUUUGUCAGCGAUACCAUGUUGUUUAUUCAUCCGUGAUCACAAAUAAAGCAAAGCUUGUGCUAUUUAUAGCGAAACUAUUGCAUUCAGGGGACAUACUUAAGUAUUUAUCAGCAUGGCGGCGUCCACGGACCCAGGUGCGGAUCUGCGCACCGUUUCUUUGCCAAAUGCUCCCCAGGGUUUUGCGAAGCGGAUGCCCCGCAUCGCGCUCGGGACGUGGAAGGCGGAGGUUGGGGAGACAAGAGCAGCGGUGAUUUCUGCCAUCAAGGACGCGGGCUAUCGCAUGAUCGACACAGCCAACGAUUACGGAAACGAGCACGAGGUUGGCGCGGGGCUACAGCACUGUUUGCAAAAUGGGGUUGUUACCCGAGACGAGCUGUUCGUCCAGUGCAAGCUGUGGAACGCGAAUAUGCGGCCGGAUCUGGUGCGCCUGGACUUGCUCGCGACGUUGAAAGAUCUGCAGCUGGACUACGUAGACAGCUUCAUCAUUCACUGGCCGCAGUGCGCCCCCGCGGAUCCGGCAGCGAAGGGGCCGGCUUUAGCCUGGAACGCAGUGGGUGGCAAAUCAGAGGCGGAAAUUCUGGACAAUUCGAAGCCGCACAACAACAACGUCCAAUGCGCAAAAGAAAUGGGCUCGAUGUUUCCCAUGGAGGCCGACGGUAAUUUGUUCCGGCAUAGAGUAGUUCUCGCAUGGUAGUUUCGCGAGUGAUCUGGUGAUGCGGCAAAAUACUAAACCAGUUGAGGUCAUAUCAAUCUGGUUUCCUGGCGUAGCCGAAUGUACUUACCUGUAUGAGUGAAAGUAGAAUGUCGGCUCGCCCAUGUAGUUUUAUGUGACUUGUCUUCCAACCAACUGGACCACAGGCACCUACUCACACGAUGCCAGCGUUCAUUACACGCAGACUUGGAAGGCGAUGGAAAAGUUGGUGGACGAGGGGUUGUGCAAGUCGAUUGGCAUUUCCAACUUUAACACGGCCCAGGUGAUGGACCUUCUCGCGAACGGCUGCGAAAAAUACAGGCCCACCGUGCUGCAGAACGAGGUGCACCUGUACCUCCAAGCAAAAGACAUGCUUGAUUUCUGCAGCCACCACGGGAUCCAACUGCAGGCGUAUGUCCAUAUACUAUUGCUCUGCUGCUCCUGCUGCUCGCUCUACGCUUUUCGGACGGCUGCGUCCGGCUGUGGCUGCAAAAUCAGUGAACUUCGACUUUCCUAUGAUGGAGAUUGUAAUCGGCGUACUUUCAAUUUCAUCUUUUUUACUCCCUACAGUUACAGUUUAGCACCAAGUAGAGAAAGCCUCACUUUAUUGUUUCGCAGGUACAGCCCGCUCGGUUCUGUUUUCGGUGGCAAGGGAUCUCCGACUGGAGACCGCGACGUGUCCGCGAACAUGUUUUUGCCACAGUAUUCAAUCCGGGAUAUGCCACGGAAGAAAGUUGGCAGGUCAAUGUAAUGCAAAAGUAUGAAAGUAUAUCAGAACUGCAACUGGCAAGCCGAAGCCUAUAAUGCUGCGCUAUUUCAGCUGUGCAAGAGAGAUUUUUUUGCGUAUGUACUUUCGCAUUCCAAAUAUGACCACCUGCCAGUUUUUUUCUCUGGGAUACGGGAGCACCCCCUGGUGAUGGAGAUUGGGAAGAAGUACAACAAAUCCGCGGCACAAGUUGCCCUGAAGUACCAGCUGCAGCGCGGCGUUUGUGUGGUUGCCAAAAGCACCAAUCACGACCGAAUCGCACAGAACAUCCAGUUUUUGGACGACAACCAGUUCGAAUUGACAGAGGAGGACAUGCAGGCCCUGUCCAAACUGAACUGUGGCUGGCGCGGCUUGCUGUGGCCACAGACGGCCGGGCACCCGGAUUACCCCUUCAAGGAAUCGCUUGUUGGCUCCAUUGGGGCGGCAAAAGUCCCGCCAGACUGGAUCGCAAAAGAAGAUCCGCGGGUGGCGGGCGCAUGACAGAUGGGUUGGAUAGCGAUUCGAUAUUGGAGGCAAAAACUACCAUGAUGUCCAUGGUGGACUAAUAUCGCGUUGUCAGCCGCUACCCGCGAGCAAAAACUUUUUAUUUUGCCACGGUGAAGGAGCUUUACCUCUAUGAAGAGUAUUGUUUUAGCGCGCAGUUACCUUGCUAAAUGCCAGUGCACAGAAAAAUAGUACUCAUGCAGCUAGUUGCGCUGGCCGUACUGCAACCCCUCGUCAUUAUUUUUUGUGAGUUACGAAAAGCUUCAGCUUGUUUGCGGGGUCCCUUGUUCAAAGCGAGCGAAACAGGCCACAGGACGAAUUAACGUGGACGUAGGAAGAACACCAGCAGUUAUUUCAUCUUGGAGAUUAGCCAAAACAGAGUCAUUUA